AUGGUUAAAUCCACCGGAGCCGGUCCGCUCCGUCGAGUCACCGAAAAUUCUCCGAAACCGCCGCCACGCUCGCGCACUCCCAAAGAGGAAGAUACAGAUGCAUCACCGUCAACGCCCAAGAAGAAUCAACGGACGAGAAAGCAUAAGAAGCGCACCACUUCUCUCAUCGCCUCCCCAUCAGACAAGGUGACAGCUCGUCCGUCUAAGCGGAAGAAAAUCCCCGAGUUGCGUAGGCAGCCAGGCCGACAUCGCGACACACCAAACUGUCGAGCAGAUUCGCAGUCGGACGAUGAUGCUUCCAACGACGAGUCAAACACGAGGACAGCUCCGCGGGUUGUCUGUAAAAAUACAGACGACCCAGAUGCUGCUUCCGCAGAGCCCUCAGAGACAAUACGUGAGCAUCCCACCCCACCGGUCACACCCAGAAAAGCCAUACGAACCUAUCCGCCGCCGACACCAUCAACGCCGAGGAAAGGAAAGCAAGGUCGAGCGGUUGGCAGCCGAGGCCGAUUCAGUGAGUACGAGCGUGAGCUACUGGAAGAUUUCAAGAUCGAUUUUUGCAAUACUCACGGCAUCAAUGGAUUUGACUUCAACCUCAUGGUCCAGCACUCAGAUCGGGAUCCUGGUGAUGGAGUGUUUCCCAAGCACCUCAUCAGGAAACACGAUUUCUGGGAUCGUAUAUACGAGGUUCUUCCCACGCGGAAUGCCGAGUCAGUUUGUCGCUUUAUGAGAAGGCAUUUUCUCCCGUAUAAGCAGGUUUCACAUACGUGGACCGCUGCGCAGGAUGAAGAGCUCAUUUCUCACCAUUUGGUGUAUGGCGCUCAGUGGGCGUUUAUAGCCAAGCAGCUAGAUAGAAGCUCCGAUGAUGUCGCCCAACGGUGGCGGAAUCAAUUGCAACACCGGACCACGAUGAACCAAGGGGUUUGGUCCCAGGCCGAAAUCCAAGGCCUGUUGGACACCUUGCAGGCGAUGUGGGACCGGAUGAAGCAGGUUGGUGAGGAUGCCUUGUUAGGCCGGGACAUCUACGAGAUGGACCCCUCAAUUGACAUUUCUUGGUACCAAGUGAGCCAUGGCCUGAGCCAUUCCCGCUCGGAACAGCAGUGUGGAGACAAAUGGCGGAAGAUCAGGCGCAAGGUCUUACUUCGGCGUGUUAAUGGGGAACCAGAUGCUGUUUUCGAUGCCUGGAAAGAAGCCUGGUACCCUACACCCGUUAAACGGAAGGACUCGUCCCCUGGUGAUACGUCCAAGCAGUAUGAACGCUGGGCGUUUGUGCCGUCCGAUGACGAGCUUGAGGGUAAAACCCCCUCGUCAACUCGGAAGUCCAUGUCUAGGUCUCUUACGCCGAAGCAUUGGAUGGUGGCCAACCCAGGACGAUUAUCCCCUUGGGAAACUCCUAGUAGAAAGCCUUCUGCACGUCGUGCCGGAUCGAAGCGAGAGCCUAUUCAAGAGUCUGAGUUUAGUCCCAGCUCUAGGUCGAGCUCAAUCUCAAGUUCCUCAGGGAGCGAGAGUAGCGCCGAGUCUGAAAAAAUGAAGCAACCCACCAAGCAGCGCCCACCCAAGGCGUUUGUGAAAGGUGACCAACCACUCCGAAAGGAGAGGACACUCCGCAAGGAGCGAUAUAUAGAUGGCCCGUCAAAGGCGUUGAAUGAAAAUACUUUCAAGAAUACCAAACCCAGAUUGAAAGAUCCGUUCAAGCCGAGGUCCAUGACCAAGGCAAUGAACACUAGCCGAUGUGAAUCCGCCCAAGAUUUCAAGGCUAUUGCAGCUGAGCCGCAGCGAAAGCAAAGCGGCCCAUCAGUAGUCUGUCUCGAUUCUGAAUUAGAGUCCCAGUCUUCUGACGAGGGGGACUGUGACUCUGAUGGCAGCGAAGUUGCAGAGGAGGUCAUAUCUCGGAGGGUAAAAACCGAUACUCCAUUUAGAACAUCGCGAUCCCGUGCUAGGCCUUCGUUCUUCAAAUCUCUGGGAUUUAGCGGCGGUCAAGAAUUGAGCUCAUCGGAAGAUGAAACGGACGGAUCAUCUUCCAGCGCAGACAGUCUGUAUGAUGAAAGCGAACCAAAGGAGAAGCCAAGAUACCGCAAGAUUCGACAGUCAACUCAGAAUGCACCGACCAACGAAACCUCUUCCCGAAAGCUAUUCUCAUCGAGCGACACCGAACCUACAACGGAUUCGGAAUCUGAAAGCGAGCCGGAAAUCCAAGUCAGUAUUAACAACGGCCCCUCACGCCACAGAUCGGCUUCCUACCAACCGACGACCAGGGAUGCCCGUCGAAGAAUGCGAGCCAAACAGCGACUGGUGACCCCUACACCCAUUCGACACGAGACAGACGACACAGAUACUGAGGAGCGUGAUGACAGUGACGAGGAUGAGGCAGUAGACUAG